AAAUGAAAGAAAGAAAGAGAGCUCUGCUCUCCCUCUAUUGUAUCGUAUGCUCAAUUUGCCUCUGUUUCCUCCGUCCUCUCUUGCCUUCUUCCUUCCAUCGUUCACCUUCCAUUCAUUCAUUCAUUCCUGAUCCGUCUCAGAGAAGAUUGCAGGGUUUUUGAACCUCCAAUCUCAGGGGUUAUGCCACCCGCCCUUCCUUCCUUCCCGAGCUCACUCCUCCUCACUGGCCCUCAGAUUCAUUCCCCGCUGUUCCUAAGGUUUUACAGAUCCAUCUGAGCUCCUCUCCCUCGCCCCCCACCCACCCCGUAGCUCCAUCCCGUCUUUUUCCCGGCCUCGGAAGAUGUUCUGGCUCACUCCUCUGUCCGCAUCCUCUGCUGUGGAGUCGGUACUUGACAAGGAAAAUUUUUCGUUGGAAGACCUUUUGGAUGAAGAGGAGAUCAUUCAAGAAUGCAAAGCGUUGAAUAGUCGUCUAAUCAACUACCUGCGAGAUAGAGCCCAGGUGGAGCAGUUGUUGCGCUAUGUUGUUGAAGAACCUCCAGAGGACACGGAUAGCAAACGUGCUUUUAAGUUCCCAUUCAUUGCCUGUGAGAUAUUUAUGUGUGAAAUUGAUGUGAUUCUGAAGACAUUGGCGGAGGAACAGGAGCUAAUGGACUUGCUUUUCUCCUUCUUGGACCCGAAUCGUCGUCAUAGUGCGUUGCUUGCUGGUUAUUUUAGUAAGGUUGUCAUUUGCCUUAUGCUGCGAAAGACUGUGCCUCUUAUGAGUUAUGUUCAGGCUCAUAAGGAUGUUUUACGCCAGCUGGUAGAUUUAAUAGGAAUUACAUCCAUUAUGGAGGUACUGGUGCGGCUGGUUGGUGCUGAUGAUCAUGUGUAUCCAAAUUUUAUGGAUGUGAUGCAAUGGCUUGCUGAUAGUGGUUUCCUUGAAAUGAUCAUCGACAAACUGAAUCCUUCUAGCUCUCCGGAAGUUCAUGCUAAUGCAGCUGAAACUUUAUGUGCUAUAACUCGAAAUGCCCCAUCUGUGCUAGCCACAAAGCUUGCAAGUCCAAGUUAUGUUGAAAGAGUAUUCGACCAUGCGCUAGAAGAUUCACAUUCAAAAUCUGGCCUUGUCCAAUCACUCUCUGUAUGCAUCUCCUUGCUGGAUCCCAAAAGAUCAGCAGUUUCAUCUCCCCUUUUUCACUCUUUUCGAAGUCAACACAUGUAUGAGUCUCCAAUCCCCGUUGAACCAGAGACUAUCAGCGCCAUGCUGCCUAAAUUGGGUCACUUGCUAAAGCUUCUGAGUGUGUCUUCUGAUCAGAAGAUGUUGCCUACAACAUAUGGAGAAUUGAGGCCUCCUCUUGGAAAGCAUCGACUAAAGAUUGUGGAGUUUAUCGCUGUUCUGAUGAGAUCAGGCAAUGAAGCUGCAGAGGAAGAACUCAUCAGCUCAAGGACCUUCCAGCGAAUAGUUGAUCUUUUCUUCGAGUACCCGUACAAUAAUGCAUUGCAUCAUCAAGUAGAGAGUAUCGUAUCGUCAUGUUUGGAAAGCAAGAAUGAGAGCAUUCUCAAUCAUUUAUUGCAAGAUUGUGAUUUGCUUGGGAAAAUUCUUCAGAUUGAAAGACAUCCUCUUAUCUCUGCUGACCUUAAUCAGCCAACUAUACCGGCUGCCAACAAAAAGGCACCAAGAGCAGGAAAUGUUGGGCACAUCACUCGUAUUGCUAAUAAGCUUGUUCAAUUGGGCACCAGCAAUAGUCGCAUCCAGAAAUACCUCCAGGAGAAUAGCGAUUGGGAUGAGUGGCAAGGUAGUGUUUUGCAUGGUCGCAACACUGUGGAAAAUGUAUAUCGCUGGGUUUGCGGCCGUCCAACUACAUUACAAGAUAGGACAAGGGAUAGUGAUGAAGAUGACAUUCACGACAGAGAUUAUGAUGUAGCAGCCCUUGCGAAUAACCUAAGUCAGGCUUUUAGAUACAAAUUAUAUGGGAAUGAUGAAGCAGAAGAGGACCCUGGAGCUCUUGACCGUGAUGAUGAGGACGUUUACUUCGAUGAUGAAUCUGCUGAAGUUGUGAUAUCGUCCUUGAGAUUUGGUGAUGACCAUGGAAGCAGCUUGUUUACGAACUCGAACUGGUUCGCUUUCCAAGAUGAGAGGAUGGGAGAUGCAGCUGUGGAAGCUUCAUCCUCAGAGAUGAUGGAAGAUGUCAACUUGAGUGGAAACACCAAUGGUGGAAACAGCAGUAGUGAUGAUGAGGUGGUGGUCGGAGAGGAAGAAGAGUUGUCUAAAGAUUCUCCUAAUGGCACCUCAAUCUCAAACCCAAACUCGACCGGUGACUGCUUGGAAGGAAUCAGCAACUCUGAACAUGUUGGAGAUUCAAACAUGGAAAUUGAGAAGGCGAGCCCACAAGAGGGCCCGAAUUUGUUUACCUUCCCAGCCUCGGAGAACCCAUUCACUGCUGAUCAGCCUGUACCCGAUUGGACGGGAUGGGGAAAAUCAUCUGAUUCAAAGUUGAGUGAAUCAAGCGAGGACACAUCCAUUCAACAGAAUGGUUCCAACUCUCCAAGAAGCGGAGGAUCCACACUGUCGAAUGGGUUCACAGGGCUAGGCUCUAGCGGAGGUUCUUCAGCAGGCAGUGAUGGAAGUCAGAAAUCUCCGACCGUGCCUUCCCUGUUUGACGAUGAUGUCGAGUUUGUGGGUGUGGAGUUGGAAGGAACUGAGAAGGCAAUGGAGCACGCCCUCAAGGAAGGAAUAGUUGGGGAGGCUGGGCCACUGAAGCGGCUGCCAGUCCCUGAGUCACCAGAGAAGGAGAAGUCCGGUGAGAGCGAGGAAGGAGUUAAGGAGUUUAACGAUGCAAACUAUUGGAAGGUCGAUCAAGAGGUUGCUGCCUUGGAGUGAGUGAGGGCCAUUCAAGCUCUACGUCUCGGUCGAGCAGGGGAUGCUGGAGUUAGUCGACGUCUUAUGUCCACAGAGACCUGACCAGACCCACAGUUUUGGUUGAUAAGAAGGGAUUUUUUUAAUUGCAGUAUUAGACAAUGUGUACAGUGGGAGGAUGUGUUUUUAUGAAUUUCAGGAAUUUGUACGAUUAGUCCUUUUUUUUUUUUCCUCUUCGGUUGACCUUUGGUUUUGACUUUUGGAAACUCUAAAAUAUCGUUGUUUGUAGUUGUCGUUGAAGGUUUCGUGCUGUCCUGUUGAUCAAUCAAAUGAGGGAGUCCCCCUCUCUGCACCCA